GAAGGCAAGAGAGGUCCAAACCCAGCCCUGUGGUGGGUGAAUAAUCAAGGGGAUGAAGUGAAGUGGAGUUUCAGAGAGAUGACAGACUUAACCCGUCGUGCAGCCAACGUCUUCACACAGACCUGUGGCCUCCAGGAGGGAGACCAUCUAGCCUUGAUUCUGCCUCGAGUGCCUGAGUGGUGGCUGGUGAUCGUGGCCUGCAUCCGAACAGGGAUCGUCUUCAUGCCAGGGACCACCCAGAUGAAGGCCAAGGACAUUCUCUACCGACUACAAGUGUCUAAAGCCAAGGGCAUCGUGACCACAGAUACCCUUGCCCCAGAGGUGGAUUCUGUCGCUUCUGAGUGUCCUGCUCUGAAAACCAAGCUCCUGGUGUCUGACCACAGCCGUAAAGGGUGGCUGGACUUCCGAUCACUGAUUAAGUGA